AUGGCGAAAAUCCUCGAUCAAGAGCAAUUUCAAAAACAGAUUGUGUCACAGUACACCGACGUGAUUGGUGAGAAAGUAGGAGGCGAAAUCGUCUCGUUCUCCGACGAGUGGUUUGCCCAGGCUGAAAACUUGAUCAAGCCAAAAGCGCCCAUAAGAGACGCGACGCGAUUCGUCUACGCGGGAGCCUGGUAUGACGGAUGGGAAACCAGGAGACACAACACUGAAGAAGCCGACUGGGUCAUUUUCAAAUUCGGGGUGAGUUCAGCUAGAUUGAUUGCAUGUGAAGUCGAUACUGCGUUUUUCAACGGCAAUCAUGCCCCCUUCGUGUCAGUUGAGGCCAUACAAAACUUUGAUGGCGAUUUGCUGAAUGUCAAGGACGCCGAUUGGGAAACCAUUAUCCCCAAGUCGGAGUGCGGGCCUAGUCAAAAACACUUUUUCGCUAGGGAUCAAGAAACGCAAAAGAACUAUACUCAUGCCAGAUUGAGAAUGUACCCCGAUGGAGGUAUUGCUAGAUUUAGAUUAUACGGAAGUGUCGUGCCGGUGACUCUGAAGUCGUCAAAUGAAAGCGUAGUUGACUAUGCCUCGGUCAAGAAUGGCGGUGUCGCCAUUAGAGUCAGCGACCAACAUUUCGGUACCGCUGACAACAUCUUGCUUCCUGGUCGAGGCCACGAUAUGAGUGAUGGCUGGGAAACCAAGAGGUCCAGAACACCAGGCCACACCGACUGGGUCAUUGUGAGGUUGGGCGCUCCUGCCAAAUUGCAGGAGAUCGUCGUUGACACGGCUCAUUUUAGGGGCAAUUUCCCACAAAAGAUCAAUGUUGCUGGUGCUUUGGUCGAAAGCGAAGAUGACAUUGAAAACGCCGACUGCUGGAAGACCAUCGUGCCUGAUUCAAAGACCACCGCAGACAAGGAGCAUUUUUUCAAAGUCAUUGACGACUCGACAUUCUCCCACGUCAAACUCACGAUUAUCCCCGAUGGUGGUGUCAAGAGAUUCCGUGUAUUUGGAGUUCAGGCUUGA